AUGGAACGGUUAAGGAGAAUGGUCUGCGCACCCUGUCCCGAAUACAAUGCGGCCGUUGACGAGUUUCGCGACCGAGAAUAUCCCAUGAUCAGGGACUCGGUUUAUCUGGACCAUGCCGGCUCUGCGCUGUGCCCAAAGUCGUUGAUGGAUGCGUUUGCUGCCGACAUGACUUCAGUUCUGUACGGAAACCCGCACUCGGCGUCAUGGCCCUCUCAGCUCUCGACGGCACGGAUCGAUGAUGUGCGGCUGCGGCUUCUCACUUUCUUCCAAGCCGACCCCUCCGAGUAUGACCUCGUAUUUGUGGCCAACGCUACGGCGGGGGUGAAGCUCGUCGUUGAGGCGUUGAGGUCGCUUCCCCGAGGAUAUGCCUAUGCGUAUCAUCAAGCCUGCCACACAAGCCUCAUCGGAGCGCGCGAGGAGUCAACCUCCAGCGUCUGUCUCGAUGACCAUGACGUGCAGGACUGGCUGGAUGGAAAGGAUCCAUUUCGUGGAGCAUCGGCGAACACGAGCGCGACACUCUUCUCCUAUUCCGCGCAAUCCCACAUGAACGGGAAACGAUACCCGAUGGGGUGGGCGAAAGGCGUCAAGGAAAAUGUAGCCAAGAACUCAGCGGCGGUAUAUACCCUGGUCGACGCAGCAUCAUUUAGCGCAACUUCGCAGUUGGACCUCGGUGCGGUGGAUUAUGCGGCUGAUUUUACUGUUCUCAGCUUGUACAAGAUUUUUGGAUUCCCGGAUCUUGGAGCACUGAUCGUGCGACGUACAUCAGAGGCUGUCUUUGAUCAUCGGCGAUACUUUGGAGGUGGCACAGUAGACAUGGUCGUUUGCGGCAAGGAGCAGUGGCACGCCCGGAAGGCACAGUUCCUACACGAGCGGCUGGAAGAUGGGACUCUUCCGUUCCACAACAUCAGGGCUGUUGACGCGGCGCUGACGACGCACGCGAAACUGUUUGGAUCGAUGGACCGGGUUGGUGGACACACAAAAUACCUGACGGAAAGGCUACAUGAUGGCCUUUACUCUCUGAAGCAUCGGAAUGGACGACCAGCCUGCGUGAUUUACACGAGAGGAGCGAAUGAAGCAGGACCGUUGGGUACGGGGCCGGUGGUGUCAUUCAACCUCGUCAACAGCGCAUCGGAAUGGGUUAGUCUUGCCGAGGUGGAAAAACUGGCCAUUCUGAAGCAGAUUCAUGUUCGAACCGGCGGACUGUGCAGCCCCGGCGAGAUAGCUUCUGCUCUCGGCUUGGAGCCGUGGGAAAUGAAGAGGAACCUGUCGGCCGGCUUUCGAUGCGGAACAGACUCGGAACUCAUGGCCGGCAAGCCCACGGGCGUCAUCAGGGCCAGCCUCGGGGCGAUGAGUACUAAGUCAGACGUGGACAAGUUCGUCGACUUUGUGAGGGAAUACUUUGUCGAAGGCGACGACAUUUGGACGCGAUCCGUGGGCAACGGCGAACGCAGAGGUGUCGAGCGAUCGAGCACGCUUCGAGUGAAGACGAUUACGGUGUUCCCCAUCAAGAGCUGUGCCGGAUUCACCGUGCCGGCAGGUACUCGAUGGGAAGUCAGAGCGGAAGGACUGGCGUGGGAUCGCGAAUGGUGCCUCGUGCACCGAGGGUCGGGCCAAGCGCUCACGCAGAAGCAGUACCCCAAGAUGGCGUUGCUGCGGCCGGUGCUUGACUUUGCACAAGGACUGCUGCGCGUGGAAUACCACCGCGAGGGCGAGGGUGCGGCCCGUUCUGUGCACAUCCCCCUGUCGGCCAACCCUGCCCUGUUUAGCAAAGGGUCCAGCCAAAGGCCUUCCCGGGUAUGCGGAGAGGAAGUGUCUGCUCAGGGCUACACCUCGAGCGAGAUCAACGACUUCUUCACCGACGCGCUCGGCGUCCCAUGCGUGCUGGCGAGGUUCCCGUCGGGGGGGCUUGGGCUCGGCAGCCGGACGUCCAAGGCUCGGAUGCAGAAGCAUCAGCAACCAAAGAGGGUCAGAGGCUUGCCCGGCUCGUUUCCCGACAUGCCGUCACCGCCGGACUCGGACUCUGAGCAAAAUCAAGCCGGCAAGAUAUUGCUGUCGAAUGAGAGCCCCAUCCUGCUGGUCCACAGCGCCAGCGUCGGCGCGCUGAACGAGGAGAUUGAGCGUCGCGGUGGAGAGGCCGUCCCCGAAUCUGCCUUUCGGGCCAACAUCGUCAUCGAGGCACUCGCGGGAAAGCAGGCAGAGCCGGCGUACUCGGAGGAUUCUUGGAGCGGGGUGUGGAUUGGGAAGCACAAGUUCAAGUUCCUAGGUGCCUGCCGACGGUGCCAGAUGGUCUGCGUUGACCAGAUGACGGCGGAGAAGCGGCAGGAACCGUUCAGCACGCUGGCCAAGACGAGGAGAUUUGAUGGGAAGGUGUUCUUCGGCUCACACGCGCGACACGAAGCGGGAGAGGAGAGUGUCGGGAAGCAGCUGCCGACGGCGAUGAUUGCCGUCGGGGACGUCGUGACUGUGUACGAUGAAGAAGAGCGUCUGUAA